UCGCCGCCGCUGCGCGCGGUCCCACCCUCCCCACCGGCCGGCUCUUCUGGCAGACGGGAGGGGACAGAGGGAGACGGCCCACCGCGGAGACACGGCACCUCCGCCUCCUCCGGCACCGCCACCGCGCACUCGCUCGCUCGCCGCGGCAGCACCGACGGCGGCGGCUCCCGCCUUGCGCACCCCCUUGCGCACCCCCGCGCACCAUGGCCUCCGCAGCCCCCCGCCUCGUCCUCGGCCUCCUGGUACUGAGUUUGUGCUGUGAAGCUUGCAAGAAAGUAAUUUUUCAUGUUCCUUCUGAACUAGAGGCUGACACGUUGGUUGGCAGAGUUGAUUUGAAAGAAUGCCUUCAGUCUGCAGAGUUUAUCAGUUCCAGUGAUGGGAACUUCAAAAUUCUAGAGGAUGGUUCUGUGUACACAACAUCUGCUGUUUCUUUGUCUGCUGAGAAAAAAACUUUUACCAUAUUACUUAAAGACAUUCAAGAACAAGUAGAAGAGAAAAUACAUGUUAGCUUGGUGGAAGAUGAAAAAAAGACCCAGACACAGAAGACUAGGCAUGCUAGAGAUACAGUUCUCAAGCGAACCAAAAGAAGGUGGGGCCCUAUUCCAUCUGUUAUGAUAGAGAACUCCCUGGGACCUUUUCCACUACAAAUACAGCAGGUCCAGUCAGACACAGCUCAGAACUACACCAUUUAUUAUUCUGCAAGUGGACCGGGAAUCGAUCAAGAUCCAAAGGGUUUGUUUUACAUAGAAAGAGAAACUGGAAACAUCUUUGCUACUCGUGCAGUAGACCGUGAACAAUAUCCAAGCUUUCAGAUCAUUUGCUUUGCAACCACUCCAGAUGGUUAUUCACCAGAGGUACCACUUGUGCAUACAAUCAGGAUAGAGGAUGAUAAUGAUAAUGCUCCAUAUUUUACGCAGGACGCUUUUGAGUUUUCUGUCCCUGAAAAUUCCAAGCCUGGUGUAGUUGUUGGAAAAGUGACUGCAGAGGACAGAGAUGAGCCUUAUACUCUGCAUACUACGUUGAAAUACCGCAUUGUGUCACAAAACCCACCAGUAACCCCAGCAUUUUCUUUACAUGGUGACACAGGUGUCAUUGCUGUAUUAUCACCUCAGCUGGACAGAGAGCUGGUACCCAGUUACACUUUGUUAGUUGAAGUGAGAGAUAUGGCAGGUCAGCCUUUUGGUUUGUGCACUACAGGAACAGCUGUCAUUAAAAUUGAAGAUACAAAUGACAACGCACCAUCCUUUAAACAGUUACAAUAUGAAACACGAGUGGAGGAAAACAGAGUGAAUGUAGAAAUAUUAAGGGUCUCUGUUGUUGAUCUUGAUGAACCUGGUUCACCUGGCUCAGGGGCAGUGUAUGAAAUUAUAAGAGGAAAUGAUGAUCGGUCCUUUGAAAUUACAACAGACAAAAGCACGAAUGAAGGAGUACUGUGUGUUGUUAAGGGACUGGACUAUGAAAGCGCCAAGCAAAGGAUCCUCGUGAUUGCAGUCAACAACGAGGCACCCUACAUGCUGGCACCACAUUCACAACAACUUUCCCAGAGCACCAGCUCUGUUACAGUGCAUGUUCAGGAUUUGGAUGAGGGGCCAGUGUUUAAACCCUGCCAGUUACGCCUAGACGUUAAAGAAUGUGAGGAGAUUGGGACAAGUAUCGGGAGAUACCUAGCAGAAGAUCCAGAAACUGGAAAUAGUGAAGGCAUAAGCUACCGGAUACCACCUGGCCAAUGUAAUUGGAUCGGUAUAGAUGAAAGAACAGGUGAAGUCAGAACCAUUAAAGUCUUGGACCGAGAUGUAGGAGAAAUGAGACGAGGUCAAUGUAAUAUCACAGUCCUCGCAGUAGACAGAAAUGGAAAAACAGGCACUGGAACAAUUCAAGUUUUCAUCCAGCCUGGUAACAAGAAUUUCCCACGAAUCACUAAAACCGACUAUAUAAUGUGCAGAGACAGAAAACCAAUCUGCCUUACUGCACAGGAUGGUGAUGAGUCUCCUUACAGCACACCCUUUGUAUAUCGCAUAACUGACCGUAGCUUGGCUUCCAUGUGGAAGAUAACUCGACACAAUGAUAAUUCUGUGUAUCUUUCACCAAAGGGUGAUAUUCCAUUUGGAACAUACAGUAUUCCUAUAAGUGUGAUUGAUAAUGGAGGAAAGGUAGGAGAGAACCAGGUAACAGUUAACCUCUGUGACUGCGUUACUCCAACCGAAUGCAAUAGCCAGAUCCGUGUACUUCCUGGUGGAAACGUUACUCUUGGUGUAUGGGCCAUCCUUGCAAUGAUCUUAGGAUCACUAUUAUUGCUGCUAAUCCUGAUCACAAUUUGUGGCUGCUGUGGCUCUGGGGUAAUGCACAGGCAUGUGACUGAUGAUUGCGCCAAUCACAAUUUAAUCAUUUCAAAUACAGAAGCUCCAGGAGAGGAAGUGAUGGAUCACAAUAUAAUUCCUCUACAAAAUACAACUGAUCAAGGAGGAUAUGGAAUAAAAACAGGAGAUCAACAAACAUUUGAAAUGGUAAAAGGAAGAGGGCAUACCUUGGAAUCAGUCAAGGGAGGUGGACAUCAGACUCUGGGAUCGGUUAAAGAAGGAGGAGGACAGGCUAUGAUGGAUACGUGUAGAUACUCGUACUCAGAAUGGCAUAAUUUCACACAUCCUCGUUUAGGUGAAGAAUCCAUUAGAGGACACACUCUGAUUAAAAAUUAAUCAAUGAAAGAAGGUGCACCUUUGCAGACAAGAUGAAGAACAGAAGCACUCUGAAGAUUAUCUCCUUUCAUAUAACUAUGAAGGAAAAGGAUCCUUGGCUGGCUCUGUAGGCUGCUGCAGUGAUCAGCAUGAAGAAGAGGCGCUUGACUUCUUAGAUCAGCUGGAACCCAAGUUUAGGACAUUAGCAGAAACAUGUGUAAAAAGAUAAAUGUGCCUUUCACAGUGCUGAAAAAACCUGUAAAUAAGUGGCUGUCAUACUUUUGUGAUAUUAGGUAUUUUGGAAUUGAGGGGGGGCAGAGGCUUGUCAAAAUGAAUAUAGACUGGUGAGAGUGUAAGUAACUUACUUUAAAUUUACAACAAUUUUUUUUAAUCUCUGCUAGACACAGUCCAUCAAAAAUAAGGGAUUAAAAAUACUUUUUCUUUAGACUAUGUUAAUAUAGUAAUGCUAGUUUCUACUUAGAUUACAUUUCCUAUUCUUUGUGAUUCCUUAAAAGGCAAAACUUGGUAUUGUCCUUUUAAUUAAUUAUUCAGCUUCAAAAUUUUAUUGUAUUUGGCUUUGGAGAAGGAAAGCUUUUUAACUCACUGUUUCUUUGUUUUCUUUUAAUUCUGUAGAAAUAAAAAAAAAGCCAUUACUGGUAGACAUCAAACACCUUGUUAAUUUUUAACUUAUAUGAACUGAGAUACAAAACACUUUUUCAUUUUUCACAUAAAUACUGAUGAAUACAUUAGAAAACUUUAUAUUUUGAUUGAAAAUUAAAUAUAUAUAUAUUGUAUAUAUGUAAAAUAAUAUAAAAAAAAUAUAUUUUUCUCCUAAUGGGUUACCACCCAUCAAACUUGCUAUCCUAAGGGAUUUAUGGCAUCACCACAUAGGGUAUCAGCAUUGUAUGCGAGUAUAUAUUUUUCUUUUAAGGAAAUAAAAGAUUUAAAAAAAAAAUAUCAGGAAAUAGGGGUAACUGUCAUACUUCAAAUGAAUGCAAGACAAAUCUCAUGUUUACUUGACAUAAGUUUGUACCUCAGUUUCUUGUGAGUUUUAACAUAGUUAUCAUUGCAGAAAUGAUGAAUACUGCCAAGAGUUUUGUCCAGUGUAGCUACCACAACCUUUUUUACUUGCCUUGUUACAGACUUCAUUAAACUGUUUCUGUAAGUAGAACUUGACAGAAGAUACAGCUCAAAUGGAUUUAGCAUACACUGCAUUAAUAAUGUGUUUUAAAGAUAGCUUUAUUUGGGAUGCAGAAUUACACUGGGAUAAACUGUCUGUUUUGAGCGUAUUAUGUGGUGGUUGUAGAGGUAAGCAUUUACACAGAUCCCUGGCAGAAAUCAUCUGAAUCCCAUUUAUUAUUUUACUAGAUUAAGCAUACAUAUACACUAUAUAUAUAUAUAUAUAUACGCAAAACUCUGAAAUACCUUUGGCAGAUGAGAGUAGUGAGACCUGAAUGCUGCCAUAAGCUAUUUCUGGAAUUCAGCCUCUGCUUCCCAGGUUUUAUAUAUUUUUAAUAUUUGCACUCCUGGUUAAGUAAUCUGUUCUCUGCACUCUGGGAAUUCUCUUGUGCCUUAAAAGAACUCUUCCUGCCUAUGAGAAACUUGUGCAAUUACUUAUUUCUGUUGCUAUAAUUCUGCUUUUAGGUUUUGCUCUGUAAACACAUGCCUUAGGGAGAUAGUUUUAAAAAUUUACUAUAGCUAAUGAUCUGUAAAAGGAAUUAUUAGUAACAACAAAGAGUCAUGCUGCUCUAAAUUUCAGUGCACAGCUGCUGCUGACUUCCAGUGGUUGCAGUUCAUUCCACACAAAUUACAGUCAGUGAAAACGCCAUAAUAUUAUAAAAACUUACCAAAGUUAUAAAAUAGUACUUUUAAAGCCUUCUGUUUCACACUGUAAAUGGGCUUCAGAAUCUUUCUGAUAAGUAGCUGUGGUUAAUAACUUCAUAGACCAAUGUUAAAUGUAUUCUAGUCUAUUGUUUGAAAGUGGUGAUGAAUUCAUCCUGAACUAGGUACACUGCCCAUGGUAAGAGUGACAGUCACCAGCAGCAAAAUACUGGAUGAGAACCAAGGUGUUACUAACUAACUUUAUUUAAAUAAUGCAUACUAACACUACACUUCUGAACACUACUCUUCUUUAUCACUAACAUAAAUUAGUUUUGCUGUACAUGGAUAGGCAGAUCUGUGGCUGCUGUAAGUCAGGAUACUCCUGCUGAUGCCAGUGGAGCUAUGCUGACUUUAUGCCAGGUGAAGAUCUGUCCCCUAGUGAUUUCCUUGCUUCUUUGUGCCUUGCAUCUUUACUUAUUGGCUAUAUGCUUUUUAAGGUAAUGUUAAUGUCUCCCCCCACCCCCCACCUUUUAAUGUUUGGUGGGUUUGUUAUUUUUUUUUUUUUAAAUUAUAUAAAAAUCCUUUAGUUCAGAAGGACCUAGGAUAAAUAACAGAAUGCACUCUUUUGAAAAUUACUUGGGGGGUGGCAUAGAGAAGCCUCUGGAAAUAUGGUGUUUUUCCUCAUGAAAUGUAAUAGUAGUACUGUUCUAAAAGAAUAGACCAAAUUUGUAUGAACUUUAAUUGAAUUGGCGUUGGCUAUUUUAAGUAGAUGGUCACCAUCUGGAGCUAAAAUAAUAACUUACUGAAAUCAAAAUAACGUUUUCUAGUCUAAUUCACCUUAAAAAUGUUUUCAUUUUUUUCUUUUACAUUUCAACAAACAUAGUUAAUUAGUUACUUGCAUUUUUUGUCCAUUUUUAAACAAAGCACAAAUUUGGAAUCACUUCUACUUGUUUGUCUCAUUUAAAAAUUAACGUUCUGAACUGAACCAGCUAUUUCUGUAAAACCAAGAGUAGAAAGGUAAUUGAGAUGCUUUAAAAAAAAUGAACUGUAAAACAUUAUUUUCAUUGUAUCUUCCAAUCAUGUGAAUGAAAGCUGUGUAAAGCAUAAAGGUUUACAAAUACUAAGUACCAAAUAACAUUUGUGUAAAGCUUUACAAAUGAAAUGUUUUAGAAUGUGUAAUUCACUCGUUGUUACUGUCUUGAAUCACCUUAAAAAUUGUGAAGAUUUGUUCUCUUCAACUAGUUAACUUGCAAACUAUCUAGUUGUGUCAACAUUAUCUUAACAUCAUGUUUUAGGUAUAUUUUGUACAACAGUGAGUAAUAAAUUU